ACUAGUUUCUGAAUCAGUUGGAAAAUACCAUCCGGAUCUACGACAUUCACCGUCCUUGUCUUUUCAGUUCUGAACAGGUGGUAUGUCAGAUCCAAUGGUAAAAAAAAUGUCAACUGUUUCAUGGAGUUCAAUUUUUGUCACCGUGUGUCUCGUAGCUCAAAUAAAGCUUUUGUAUGGUAGGUCUAAAUCUUUUAAAAAAAACUCUUUUAACUAGUAAGGUCUAAGUCUUUUUUUCUAUAACUCUUUUAAAUAGUAAAUUUUAAAUCUUUUUCUAUAACUCUUUUAAAUAGUAAGGUUUAAAUCUUUUUUCUACAACUCUUUUAAAUAGUAAGGUCAAAGUCUUUUUCUAUAACUCUUUUAAAUAGUAAGGUUUAAAUCUUUUUCUAUAACUCUUUUAAAUAGUAAGGUUUAAAUCUUUUUCUACAACUCUUUUAAAUAGUAAGGUCAAAGUCUUUUUCUAUAACUCUUUUAAAUAGUAAGGUUCAAGUCUUUUUCUAUAACUCUUUUAAAUAGUAAGGUUUAAAUCUUUUUUCUACAACUCUUUUAAAUAGUAAGGUCAAAGUCUUUUUCUAUAACUCUUUUAAAUAGUAAGGUUUAAAUCUUUUUCUAUAACUCUUUUAAAUAGUAAGGUUUAAAUCUUUUUCUACAACUCUUUUAAAUAGUAAGGUCAAAGUCUUUUUCUAUAACUCUUUUAAAUAGUAAGGUUCAAGUCUUUUUCUAUAACUCUUUUAAAUAGUAAGGUUUAAAUCCUUUUCUAUAACUCUUUUAAAUAGUAAGGUCAAAGUCUUUUUCUAUAACUCUUUUAAAUAGUAAGGUCAAAGUCUUUUUCUAUAACUCUUUUAAAUAGUAGGGUCUAUUUUUUUAAAUAGCUUUUUAAAAUAGUAAGGUCUAUUUUUUAAAUAAUUAUUUUACCUAAGCCUAAAUCUUUUUUAAAUACAUAUUUUAAAUUGUAAAGUCUAAAUCUUAGUUCUUAACUUUUAAAAUAAAACUUUAUUAAAUCACUACCACCUCAGACAUUAAAUUACUAGGGAAUGCGAACUUAAGUCAAACGAUUCGCAGACUAUAGACCCAGUUCGUAAAGCGCAACUGCACGAUUAAACAUUUUUCAUUUGGUUCAGUGGUUCUCAACAUGUGGGUCGCGACCCCUUUGGGGGUCGCAAGAGCCUUUCACAGGGGUCGCCUAAGACCAUCUGAAAACACAUAGACUCUACACUUAUGAAGUAUCAUCGAAAAUAAUUGUGUGGUUGGGGUCGCCACAAAAUGAGGAACUAUAAUAAAGGGUCUCGGCAUUAGAAAGGUUGAGAACCACUGAUUUGGUUCCAUGGGUUGCAGCGUGACGAACUCUGAAAAUGAAAAGGCAUUCCAAGGGUUGUUUCUCUUUGUACCGCAGUAAAACUAGAAGAUUAAAAAAAAAAAAAAAAUAUUCAGAGGACGCCACUGCUGCGGGUGAAUGGCUUCGCUUCUGACUAAAGGCCGUUCGGUUCUCUGACAUGGCUACGUACCCGGAAUUCUAAUUUUUAAAACAUCCUUUCCAUUUGUCAACAGGGAAUUGCCACAUUUCAGGGGUGCGACCCCGGUUGCAAUUAUCGGCUGCUAUUAGAAUGUCUGCAGUAGAUUUUGAUCUUUUCCCCGAGCUCCGAAAUGAUCAGAUCAUCUGCAAAACACGGCAUUCUUUUUAUUACAGAUCAACUCCUCUAGUCUUGUGAUAUAGUAACUAAAAAAAAAACAACAAUCAGCUAAAAGUAGUUCUCUGAGACGGUCCGUGUUUGAGACGGACUGAUAUGUUGUCCUGCUUCUUGUACAAAUGGAUCCAUGGGACAUGAAGUAUUGGAAACAAUUAAUAUUCUAUGGAGGGGAAAUACUCUCGAUGGGCAAUUUAUUAUAAAUCAAUUUGCCGCCUACAACCUGUCGAUUAAGGUUCUCAAACCUGUCAUUCGACCAACUAAAUCUUAUCCAAGGGCCAUUUAAAAAUGUCCAUAGACUAUCUAAAACCUAUCCAUUGACCAUCUGAAACCUAUCCAUUGACCAUCUAAAACCUAUCCAUUGACCAUCUAAAUCCUAUCCAUUGACCAUCUAAAACCUACCCAUUGACCAUCUAAAACAUUGCCAUGACCAUCUAAAACCUAUCCAUUGACCAUCUAAAACCUAUCCAUUGACCAUCUACAUCCUAUCCAUUGACCAUCUAAAACCUACCCAUUGACCAUCUAAAACCUUGCCAUGACCAUCUAAAACCUAUCCAUUGACCAUCUAAAACCUAUCCAUUGACCAUCUAAAACCUAUCCAUUGACCAUCUAAAACCUAUCCAUUGACCAUCUAAAACCUAUCCAUUGACCAUCUAAAAACUAUCCAUUGACCAUCUAAAACUAUCCAUUGACCAUCUAAAACCUAUCCAUUGACCAUCUAAAACCUAUCCAUUGACCACGUAUUAACCCAAGAGCUUGUCAAAGAUGUUCAUUGUCCAAGUUUGUUUGCAUGACUUAUUUCAGGGGGGGGGGGGGGUAACUGCUUUGCUCAUUUCUUGACCAGGUCGUCUGGCAGCGGCGGGUCCUGCGAUCAUGGGGGGGGGGGGGGGGGUAACUGCUUUGCUCAUUUCUUGACCAUGUCGUCUGGCAGCGGCGUGUCCUGCGAUCAUCAGCAGAGCCGAGUGGAAUGCCAGACCCAGCAAAUCCAUAGAAUAUCUAGUCCACCAGCCCGUGCCGUAUGCUUUCAUUCAUCACUCCUCUGGCAGGGAUUGUUUCUCCAAGAGCGACUGUGCCGCGGUGGUGAGAGGCUAUCAGGACUUCCACAUUGAUGGACGAGGUUUGUUGUAUGGUGCUUCAUAGGUGAGGGGUUUGUUGUAUGGUGCUUCAUAGGUAAGGGGUUUGUUGUAUGGUGCUUCAUAGGUGAAGGGUUUGUUUUAUGGUGCUUUAUAGGUGAGGGGUUUGUUGUAUGGUGCUUCAUAGGUGAAGGGUUUGUUUUAUGGUGCUUUAUAGGUGAAGGGUUUGUUGAAUGGUGCCUCUUAGGGUAGAGGGUCGUUGUAUGGUGCUUCACUGGUGGAGGAGUUUGUUACAGUGCUUCAUUGGUUUGUUGUUUGCUGUAAAUUGUAGCACUGGUGAAGGUUUGCUGUAUGAUUCUGAAUAUGUAGUUGUGCGAUAUCUGCAUCAUGUUGUUCCGUAAAAUGACGGUUGCGAAUUUUAACUUUACAGUUGUUUUAAUAAAGUAAUAAAUUUCACGCUUACACUGUGACGUCAACGAGUUAACAAUGAUGGAAUGGAAUUAAUUGUACUAUUUAUUUUCACAGGCUGGGAUGACAUCGGCUACAGCUUUGUGAUUGGCGGAGACGGCUCUGUGUAUGAAGGGCGCGGGUGGGACAGAGUUGGCGCCCACACCCUCGGUUACAACACUGUUGGUUUGGGUAAGGAAGGACAUUUAUUUCCCUUCAAAUGAUUGGCAGGAAACUGAAAUAGUUCGCUAUAACCGUGGACGCUUGGCGAAUUAAACGUCCAAUAAUUUAAAUUAACUACAUCACAUACAGACAUCUUUCAGCCCAUAAUAACUGUUUAUUUUGAAAUGCUUCAGAUUUUUAAAUUAUCUUUUUUUCUAAACUUUGUUAAAAAUCAGUCUGGAAAACGCACAUAUAGUAAGUGGACUAAAAACAUAUAUAUUUUUUCAUUAGGGAAGUUAAUACAGUUUGUUUUUUUAAACCAAACCGGUUAUCGGUUUUCGGAAUUCGUUUUUAAACCGGGUAUCGAUUUCGACAACUAAUUUAUAAAGACAUAAACGAAAGUUGAAAUGUUGAUAUUUAAUAAGAACGCAAACGACAGAUAAAAUUGUAGAACGUGUAGAACUGACAAAGCCAUUGUUCUAUUUUGGUAACACAGUUUAGUACUUGACCCUAGCGCAGCGUAGGUCAUACUCGCGGUCAAAGCAUUUGCCUUCACUGGCCCAUCAGGCCAUGUGAAGAGAGUGGAGGCAUGUCGUACUCCGAAAGACCGGCAGUAAUGAGAAUGCGCAGAAGGGACAAGACAUUUCAUAAGGCCGUGGCUGUGCUAUAUUAAGAUGUGUUUACCAGAAAAAGGGAGGAAGUCAACAUCGAUUUCGGCGAAUGGGAGAGCAUCACUGAUCACUGUUCCGGCUGGCGAUGAAAAUAAAGAGUCAAACACUGAGAUGUGGGAAAUAAAGUUCAGCACUACGGAAGACCAAAGAAAACCUCCAAUCAAGUUCUCAUGCGAGGUGCGCACCAGCGACUUUCACUCCAGGAUCGCCAUCGCAAGUGAUGCCAGCAUUAUAUGUGCAGAGAGGGGGCCACACCAACAGACAGCUCCUUCAAACAUCAUCGCCUGUGCUGUUUAGUCCGAAUGGUGGUAGAGCUAAACCAAUUCUUACAAGCCAACCUCCUUAUCUCGUUCAUUCGUCAUGUCAUGGAACCCUACCAUGUAAACGUGGGCGUUUUAAGACUUGCCCAUUUUAUAAGGAAAAAAAAAAGUAACGUUAUUUACUGUGCAAAACACAAAAGGGGGAGGGGUCACUGCAUUUUGUCCCUUCACUGUCAGAAGUGUUACAUCGGUGAAACUUGACAACGUUUGGAUGAUCGAUUCCAUACAACGUAUACGCAACAUUGGGAGAAAUCCAACAGAUCCCAUUCUAGAACUGCUAAACACAAGGGCACUGUUAUUUAAAGUCAGUCUGCUUGAAGAUAUGGUCCCAAAGUUUUGACAAACUCUCCCGUCAUGGCUCCAAACAACUAGUUUACCUGCUGGCAGUUUUCAUUUCUUUAAAGAUUUUAAUUUUGUUAUCUCUCACAUUUCCCCUUAACAUCAAAUCAAAGUGCACUUUGUACUUUCAUUUUCUUAUCGCACAUCCAAUUACCUUUGUGAUUUUUUUCCUCAAUUCAACGUUAGCACAUCAUGUCCUUUGCACAUCCUUAACAAUAGUGUGUGUGUCCACUGAGGGCUCACGUUAACCAAGGUUUAGUAACUGAGGGCCCACGUUAACCCAGGUUUAGUAACUGAGGGCCCACGUUAACCCAGGUUUAGUAACUGAGGGCCCACGUUAACCCAGGUUUAGUGACUGAGGGCCCACGUUAACCCAUGUUUAGUGCCUGAGGGCCCACGUUAACCCAGGUUUAGUAAAUGUGGGCCCACAUUAACCCAGGUUUAGUAACUGAGGGCCCACAUUAACCCAGGUUUAGUAACUGAGGGCCCUCCGUCAGAGGCGACGCUACACCAGGUCCCGUCGGAUCCCAGGACCUGGUAAAAAAACUUGGGACCUGGCAAAGGAUCUGGUAAAUUUUUAUUAGCCACUAAUAUUGUAUACAUGCUCAUUAAGCGUAAACUACAUUACAUGUAAGAGAACUUCCAUUUUAAAUGCCUUUAUAUGUAUGUAAACUUUGGGUUAAGUUGGUAGAUUAAUAAAUAUUACUUAAUAAAUAAAUUUUAUUUUUAGUCCAUUUAUUUGGGACCUGCCAAAUUUUUUAAAGACCUGCAAGGGACCCGCCAUUUUAAAUUUGAUGGCGUCGCCACUGGCCCACGUUAACCCAGGUUUAGUAACUGAGGGUCCACGUUAACCCAGGUUAAGUAACUGAGGGUCCACGUUAACCCAGGUUAAGUAACUGAGGGUCCACGUUAACCCAGGUUUAGUAACUGAGGGUCCACGUUAACCCAGGUUAAGUAACUAAGGGCCCAGUUUAACCCAGGUUUAGUAUACCAAGAAAUAUACUGUGUGCCCACGAUUAGAAACGCAGGUUAAGUAUAACUAAGAGUAUCUCUAUUCCCUGUCCCAGGAUUCUGUUUGGCCGGUGACUUCACCAACCACCUCCCGCCCAAGGUACAGAUGGACACGGCGAGACAACUGAUCGACUGCGGCGUGUCUUUGGGAAAAAUCAACAGCACGUACACGCUGAGAGGUCACAGAGACAUGAAGCCAAGCACCGACUGUCCUGGGAACACACUGUAUGCCGAGAUUAGAACAUGGCUGCACUACUGACCUCAAUGACCCCCACUGGAAGCAUUAAAAGAUAAUAAAACAUAAAUAUAUUA